GGUCACAAGGAGCUGUCUCAAUUUCUCAUCGAGGAAGGUGCCGAUAUCAAUGCAAAAGAAAAUAAUGGACAAACACCUCUUCAUAGAGCUGCUUUUUAUGGUCACAAGGAGCUGUCUCAAUUUCUCAUGGAGAAAGGUGGACGGAUGUGAAAUGGCUGCAUAAUCAAUUACAAACUAAUCGUUUAAAUUAUGCUUUCGACAUAAGUACUGGGUAGCAUAUAUGUAUAUUCCUGCAUUUUACUUUCGAUACUAGAAGAACGGCAUUUUUUUCGCAUGUAGGCUCGCACAAAACGAACAUUGAAAUUCGUCUUAUUUAGGCAUAAAUAUCGCUCUUUGUAUUGUCUACUAUCUGCUUUAACCUUAUUCGUUUGCCCUAGUGUGGCUCUGAAAUAUUCAUAUUAUUAUUCUGUGGUGCAAUUUAUCCACUGUCCGAAGUGUUGAUUUACGGAAUUUCAUUAAAUCAAUUACGUGAUAAGAAAUGUUGAUUGUGGAGAAAAUGAAUGUGAGAAGUGAUAAGCUAGGGGGAUUUCUCACGAAAAAAAUGAAUGAAUUCUUAUAAAUUCGGUCUGAUUCGAUCAAUUUUUGUCAAUUCGUGUAAAUAAAUGUACAUUUACACUGAACUUUUGAAUUAUGCUUCAAUGAAAUUGUUCUGGAAGUGGGUUUUGGUGGAUUUCAAGGAUCGUUCAGAACUGCUCCCGGUUCUGGAAGUGGAUCUUCAGGAUGGGCCAGGGCAAUGUCAAACCGGAUCUGGUCCAUCCUGUGGAUCCACCAAAACCCACUUCCAGAACACUCUUAUUCAAGCGAAAUCGUCAUUUCAGUACAUUUUCAUACAAUUUCAAUGAAAAAGAAGAAAUAAUAGAAAUUUUUGCACAUUUGCUCAAACUUUUUGUGAGAAAUCCCCCUAGGUGAUAAGACUAAAAUUACAAUACAACAUACUCGCAAAUUGUAAUUUAUUGAAAUAAAUAAAUGAUAGAUACUCCAAACUGGCUCAAUAUGAAAUCAGAGUUGAUUGCAGUUAGUGGACAAUUUUUGCUUCUCGAAGUAGUGCCUUUGUACCAAAUAAUUACAAUUAUUUGUGCUUUGUUUUCAAUUUUUCUUUUUCUGCGUUAUUUGUAUUGGUAAAAUAUAUUCGGUCUAUAAAUCGAAACACUCGAAAAGUAAUUCCAACGGACGGAUCGUUAGUAUUUUUAUUUAUAUUCAAAAGUUUAUGUGCGUGGAAUGAUUAAAAAUUAUGUAUAUCGUCAUAAAUAAAAUAAAACACGUAAAUAACGCCCUAUGUGUCGAUCGCAAUUGAUUUGGUGUUUUUUUUUUUGAAUGAACAUAAAUGCUAAAAAUGAAUGGAAAAAUAAUUUCAUCCUGAAAAAAUAUUGAGAACGGACAUUUUUAAGCGAAUCUUUAUUAUGUGUUUGCUGCGACCGUGAUUAAUCAAUAAUUGCCAAGCCAUUUGAAUUUAGACGGAUCAAAAUGAAGUGCGGCUUAUUACUGGUGAUUUCACUUCUUGUUACAGAUUUCAAUGGAUUAUUGGCAGAAGUUUAUUUUGUUAAAACUCUAUUGAGCACUGCGAUUGCGGCUGGUAAGUUGACAUUUCUAGGUAAGAAGGAUGUUGCCCAAUUUCUCAUCGAGAAAGGUGCCGAUAUUCUGCUGCUGCAAAUGGUCAGAACGAGACUGCUCAACUUCUCAUCGAGAAAGGUGCCGAUGUUGAUGCAAAAGACAACAAUGGAAACACACCUCUUUAUGAAGCUGCUGCGAAGGGUCAGAAGGGAGCCGCUCAACUUCUCAUCGAGAAAGGUGCCGAUGUUGAUGCAAAAGACAACAAUGGAAACACACCUCUUUAUGAGGCUUAUUCGAAAGACUGCACGGAGGUCUCUGAACUUCUCAUCGACAAAGGCGCAAACAUUAAUUUUAAAAUUGAUCAAGAGACACUUCUUGACCGGGCUAUUCGCUGUGAACACAUGGAUGUUGCCCGAGCUCUCAUUGAGAAAGGUGCCGACAUUGAUUUUACAAUUCAUGGAGAGACAAUGGUUCAAUGGGCUACCCGUCGUUGUAAUUUUGAAUACAACUCAUACGGGUGUUGUCCGGGCUCUCACCAAGAGAGGUGUUGAUGUUAAUCUUAGAAACGAUUGUGGAUACAGACCGCUUCAUUAUGCUGCUAAAUAUGAUAACGAUGACAUCGCUGAAGUUCUCAUCGCGGCAGGUGCCGAUUGGAAUAUUAAGAACGAUUUUGGAGACACACCGCUCAAUUACGCUGCUGAAUAUGUCUCUAGGAAUGUUGCCCGGGUACUAAUCGAGAAAGGAGCCGACUGGAAUUUUGAAAUGAGUCAUGGAAAAACACUACUUCACCUGGCUGCUGCGAAAGGUUACAAAGAGAUCGUUGAAAUGCUCAUCAAAAAAGGUGCCGAUGUUAAUAAAAAAGACAACGAUGGAAAGAUACCUCUGCAUUAUGCUGCUGACUACGGUGAUAUGGAUAUCGUUCAACUUCUCAUCGACAAAGGUUCCGAUAUAAAUUCUACUUAUACUCCUGUGAAACUUAAGUGAAAUCGAUUAAAAAGCUGCUUCUUUCCUGCAUCAGUAUAACUUUAACAAACAUUCUUGCUGAAUUUGAUUUCAACAUGCGCAUAUGAUAACUCCAACAGUACGAUUGCCAAUUUUAAUUUUCAUACUUAACACCAUUUUUAUUCAAGUAUUUGUGCAGUACGUCAUAUAAAAUUCUU